CACUGUGUGCUUUACUAUAAACUGUUUAUAUGUCAGACGCAGGUUUGAAUACAUUACGAUGAAGCGUCCAUAAAUUAAAUAAAAUAUUCUUGGUUAAAUAUAGUAGCUGUCAUUAUAUAUUAUACGAAGAAUAAAAAACAGCAAGAAAUAUUAGAAAUGCUGACGAAUGCAAAAGCCAUCACUGCGGUGGUGGUGUUCAUUUUACUCGUGGGACAAGCUUUCAGUCAAACUACGGCAGCAGAAAACAGUACUACCACCGCAGCUACAACGAUGCCUGACGACACAACUGGAACAACGGCUACAACCAUGAUAACGAUGGACGACACAACCCCUGGUCCCACCUCCCAAGUUGUUCAAACUACAGUUGGGCCAACAACAGCUCAUAAUGAAACUACGACACAAAUAGCAACCACAUCUAUAAUUACUAUAGAGCGAACAAGCGAAAUGGAGACAACAGAUACUUUAAAACUGACGACAGAGGCGAUUGAAACUACUAUGAUGUCCUCGCAAGCUUUUAAGACGACCUUGAAAACAACACAAGCACUAAAACCGACUUUAAAAUCAACUCAAACUUUUGAAACGACUAUGAAAUCUACACAAAGUUUUGAAACGACUAUGAAAUCUACACAAAGUUUUGAAACGAAUAUGACAGUGACUACACAGAUUCCCUUUACGCCCAUAAUCACUAUCAUAUCCAACAGCAUGAAUAUCACAAGUUACUUGGAAACAAACAAUCAGACUGUGGAUAAUCUAUUGGAGGCUGUUUUAAACAACUCGAACGCGUUUUCAAUGACCAAAAUACAGUCGUUUGUAAGUGGCAGAGGUGGCCAAAUUCUUCUACGAUCUGCAUUAUCUCCAAACCAGCUGGGUCCCUACGCUGCAAGAAUCAACGCUCCAGAAGAGAGGAAGGCCCUCUUCUACUCCACGUUGCUCAACAUUCAUUUGAACGAAAAUAACGCAACGUUUCUUACAAAUAUGAGCGACGAACUUGCAAGAACUGGAACUUUAUCCGGGGAAAAGUUUCUACCAGACCCAGAGGACCCACAACUGCUUGCACUCGCGUGUUCCAGUAACACAGCCGUUUCGUGUACACCUACAGUGGUGGCACCAGCGCUCAACGUUGGUCUCAUAGUCGGGGUUUCCAUCGGCGGCGCAUUUCUUUUGCUUCUGAUAGUAGCCUUAGUUUGCUACUGCUGCAGCAAAAGUAAAAGUGAAACAAGAGUAACUCCUGACAAUAGAGGGUCCAUGGAGAUGUCGUCAUCCGCUCCUUAUGUAAGGAACCCUUGAUCGUUUAAAUAUUUUGAUUAUAUUCUUAUAUUUAUCUUCAAUAAAACGUCAAUCCGUACCUUGUCA